AUCAUAUGUAACACAAAUAUAUAUACAAUUUGGUUUGGCAGUUGUUUUUUUUCUUCUUCAGUGUAAACUAAAUUGUAACUGAAAUAUUUCGAUGUCACGAUCCACUUUUAAAACACAGAUACACUGUGACAAUUGAGCUUUUGAUCAAUGGAAUCAAUGGAGGCAGGACCUUAUCCUGUACGCGAAGGAGAGCCAGAUUGUUCUUAUUACAUCAGAACAGGCCUUUGUAGGUUUGGGGCGACAUGUCGUUUCAAUCAUCCACCUAACAGGAAGUUGGCAAUUGCAACUGCAAAAAUGAGAGGAGAAUAUCCAGAAAGAGCAGGACAACCUGAAUGCCAGUAUUACCUAAAAACGGGAACCUGUAAGUUUGGAGCAACAUGCAAGUUUCAUCAUCCCAGAGAAAAGGCUGGGAUUGCUGGAAGAGUUUCACUAAAUGUGUUGGGAUAUCCACUUCGAAAUAAUGAGGCAGAAUGUGCUUAUUAUCUGAGAACUGGACAAUGCAAAUUUGGAGGCACAUGUAAAUUUCACCACCCUCAACCAUCUAAUAUGAUGCUCUCAUAUCGUGGUUCUCCUGUUUAUCCUACAGUCCAAUCACCUACGAGUCCUGGACAACAGUCGUACCCAGGAGUAACAAAUUGGUCCUUGUCUAGAGCUUCCUUCAUCAGUCCACGCUGGCAAGCACCUUCUAGUUAUGCACCCAUGAUUCUACCACAGGGUGUCGUAUCAGUUCCAGGAUGGAGUGCCUAUGGUGGACAGCUUGGGUCAAUCUCAUCUUCAGAAAGUCAACAACAGACAGGCGGAAAUAGUCAAAUUUAUGGAACUUCACGCCAAAAUGAAGCAUCUAAUGAAACACUUCAAGGAACUUAUUCUUCGUAUCGUACUGGUUAUUAUGCAUUACCAACUGAGAAUGUGUUCCCAGAGAGGCCUGGUCAACCUGAAUGCCAAUUUUAUAUGAAGACCGGUGACUGUAAGUUUGGUGCGGUUUGUAGAUUUCAUCAUCCAAGAGAAAGAAUAAUACCUAUGCCUGAUUGUGUUCUUAGUCCAAUGGGCCUUCCACUACGUCCGGGAGAGCCUUUGUGCAUUUUCUAUUCUCGUUAUGGUAUAUGCAAAUUUGGUCCAAGUUGCAAAUUUAACCACCCAAUGGGGGUUUUCGCUUACAAUUUAUCUGCAUCAACAUCUGCGGCAGCCCCAAAUGUUCGCCACUUAUUAGGAUCAUCGUCCAUAAGUGGUCCAUUAAAUAUAUCUCCAGAAAGAAGACAAAUUUCCACGAGUGAUGAUAACAUUGACUCCGAGGAUUGAAGACCUUCCAAGUGACUACCGGUUAUUUUCCACAAUCUUUUUGGAGGAUAAAAAAAUUGUAACUUCAUUUAUAUUGUUGGAGAUGUACAUAAUACAUGUUAAAGUCAACCUGUUCUGAAAAAUCAAUUCACUUGAUAGAUUGUCUUGGUCUGUCCUGAACUGUGUUGAUGCGUUGUACAACUCCACAUUUUUGUCACAUCUGGUUCAACCCAAUGUGAGCAGUUAAUCUUUUACAAAAGCCUGUUUCUGAUUUAUGUAUA